CCUCAGUUUCGUAAUCUCAGGAAAACAUAUCGAAGAAAAAUCUCUCUAUUCAGAGAAAAGCGCUUGCGAAGCUCGCGAAUUUCUUACUUGGGUUAGCGAAACGUGUGUUUGCUCUGGAAACGAAGUUAUUUGGACUGCGGUUCGUGCGGAAGGACAUUUCUGGUUUUUAAUUGAUUUGUUUUUCUCCAAUUUUCAGCAUAGUCAGUACAUUAGGCGACGAUCUACACCUUCCAAUCUUCUAUAUCUAUCUUUAAGUUCAUUCAGAGAUGGAAUCUGUGUAUAAGAACUUGCAUCCAUAUCCCUAUCACAAGGAUCAGACACCUUAUGGUUACAGACCUCACCACUACCCUGGAUAUGACGGUAUUGCACCUCAAAUGUACAUGAACUCUUCUCGUCGCCCCACUGCUCAUGGAUAUAUUCCAUGGGGCAGCAACUAUGGCUGUGCCUCUCCAGUACCCUACCAUGGUUGCUGUAACCAUUCCCAUUGGCAGCAACAUUAUCCUUGGAGUUCUCCUUAUCCUAACAUUCCUUCAUAUCCUUGUCCGGGAAGCUGCCAUCCAUAUCCGCCGCUGCAGUUCAUGCCUCCGGGUUAUCCAGUCGAGCCACAGUAUGAAUAUGAAAAGAACAUCCCAGGCAUUCACCAUUGUUGCGGAUGUCCUAACCAUCCACUGCACCCGGCAGAGCAGAAAAAUGUGAGGAUUGAAGAGGCAGAGCCUGAUGGAGAAAAGGCGAACCAAGGGGCAUCACUGUGGCUUCCACCCGACCGUGGCAGCAAUAAAUUGGGACCUAAUGAGAACCGAAAGCCUGUUGAUGCAGAACUGAUCUAUCCUCUUGAUUUGAACAAGUUGUCAUCAUCCAGGCAGCCAGGGCAUGAGGUAAGAACUGAUCCUAAACCGGUUGAUGAUGCUGAAAGACAGCAUUUUCCUUAUCCAGUAGUUUGGAUACCUUACAUGCCUGAUCAGAUGGAGAAUAAAGAACACAAGGUGGAUAGUCCGGUGGCGAAAUCGAAAUCACCCUUGCAAUUGGAGGGCAAGGAUGUUGAUCAGAUUGCAUCUCAGGCAAAGGACAUCCCGGUGACGGAUGCAGCGAAAAAUCGAGACAAGGAGAAUCAUAAAACUGAUAAUCCACAAGCCGGCUGCAUUUCUCCUCGGGCGAAAGACAUCCCUGUGAAGCAAAUAGAGCAGCAAGCCGACAGCAGAGUUUCUAAAGGUCAAGAAACAAAUUCCUGUGUUAAAAUUAGCACUGAAGCUGGUGAGAAGAAACUCGAUAAUGGAGAAGAGAAAUCGACUAAGGAUCAGCCAAAAUCAUCCAAGCUACCUCCUGUUUGCCUGAGAGUUGAGCCUUUGAGAAAAAGCAAGAGUACAAAUGGAAGCUCGCGGUCUCCAAGCCCUCCCAGUAAGAAAGACGCGUCAAACAAAACAUCGAAUGAAGAAACUAAGGCUCCUAACUCAUCAAUUGAUAAAAAGGAAGAUGAUAUCAUUCAGAAGCAGGCGAAGGCAGACGUCAACAUCACUAAGAACGUUGAUCACAAGGGAGAUGUUAUCGAUCAGAAGGAGGCGAAUGUAGACGCGGGCAUCACUAAGAAUGUUGAGGUUGCUCAGGAAAAAAUUCAACAAGGAGAGAGUGGUAAUACGAUCGAUGAAAUACCUGUCAGUGCCCUGCAAGAAGUUUCGAAAGGCAAUUCGGAUGAUAAUUCCAAAGAAUCGCAAGAAGUUGCUAAAAGUAAGUUGGAAAACAAUCCCAAUGUGGAGAUCCAAACUUCUUGCGAACCGGUUGAUGAACUCGUAAAUGAUCAAUCAGGAAAUGCAAAAUUCGCCGAAGAACAGCCUGACUUGUCCAGUAAAAGAAAACUGUCGGAGGAUGAGGCUGCAGUCAUACUCCAGGCAGCCUAUCGUGGCUUCGAGGUUCGAAGGUGGGAUCCAAUAAAGAAGCUGAAGCAAAUCGCAGAAGUGCAAAACCAGAUCCCCGAAGUUGAGCAUCAUAUAAAAUCAAUGGAGUCGUCGUCUUCUGGCACCGAAAGCAAGAGCAAGCAGAGAAGCAUUAUUGGAGAAACUAUAAUGAACCUUCUGCUAAAACUCGACACAAUUCAGGGCCUUCAUCCUAGCAUCCGCGACAUUCGGAAAUCUGUUGUAAGAGAGCUCGUCAAUCUUCAGGAGCAGCUCGACAUGAAAGGAGCCGAUGCAUCUGAAUCUGCGCCUGCAAAUGAUCAUGAAAGUCUUGCAAAACCAUCCAAGACAAAUCCUCCAGAGGAUGUAUUAGCCGAUGAAGACAACAACAUCAACAAGUAUGCGCAUAAUCCGGAAACUUCAGAGGCGACUUUAACGGUGUCAGAAUCUUUCGAUGAAGCUCAGAAGAAGAAUGAAACAGCACAUAUUAUUAAUGAUGCAGAUUGUCAAUCGAAGAUUGCGCCGACUCUAGAAUCGGAAAAUUUGGGAAGCAGCGCGGCUGAAGAGUCGGCAUUGAGCUCGAAUAACGGAACUCCGACCUCCUCCCCUGCAGCAAAUCAAAUUCAGACUAACAGAGUUUCCGACAUAGAUGAACAUGGCGAAGAAGUAGCUGGGGAAUAUCAAGAAGGGGAGGGGAGGGAGAAGGAGAAUCGGAAACUGAUGGAGGAAAACGAAAGGCUGCGGGAGAUGGUGGCGGCGGCGAUGAAGUCCGGGGAGGAGCAGGCGGCGGCGAUGGCGGCGCUGAGGGGGAGAGUGAAGGAGUUGGAGAAGAGAGCGUGGAAGAAAAAGAAAGGGAUGAAGAUGAAGAUGAGACGGCAGGGAACAAUGAAGAAGAAGGCAUACGAAUUGGUGGAUGACAUUAAACAGACUGUGUGUAUAGGACAGCGGGAUAGGAUUCUAUCGGGACAGACGAGAUGGUGUGCAUAUAAUACUACUAUAUAUACUAGGUAAAUGUGGAUAUGGUGUGCUGUGUUUUCAAUAAAUGACUGAAAUGUCAACGUCGUCAUGUCUUCCGAACAGAUCCCACUGCUAAAUAAGACCAUGUUUUUAUUACAUUAUGGUACAUUCAAACAUUGUUUAAGAAAAAUACGAAAAAACACUUAUUUUCGUA